AUGCUAGGAAAAAAAUUCGAUUUAAUUUAUGAAAAAGGAGCUUUUCUCUGGGCUUAUGUUUCUGAAGGUCUUGAAGAAUUUGAAUUUAGUGUAGCAAGAGAAGCUUUGGCUUCUAUUGAAUUUGAUGUAGCACCGGAUUCUACAAAUCAUAAUAACUGA